AUGCCUCGUUACUCUUUUAUCAAGUCACUCGUUUUUUCUUCAUUCAUUUUAACCUCUCUGGCCGGGAGAAGUCCAGUCAAACACCCAAAACCGUAUCAUGAGGUGUCACAAUUGUCGAGCGAUGCCUACAUUGGGUUUACCGGCAGCAGCACUACGGAUCAUCUAAAUCCUCGACAAGAAAAGACCGUCGAUGGACUAACAUCCAUCGACACCUUCACUUACAAGGGGGAAACAUGGACAGCGUACGAAGACAUCACUCGAUUCGACGGCCCGCUGGUCCUGGUGUCAGCUUCUGGGACACGUAGAGAGAUCAAGCGAUACGUUGAAGCCUCCACGGACGAGUCCGUAUCUAUCAACCGGACAGUAGACGCUUACUUUGGGUUGGAUCCUGCAAACGAUGUAAAUCUCAAGCAGAAUGAUGUGUUGGCAGAGCGUCUUCUCCAAGAUGGCGAGCCGAUUGAGGAACACGUUCGCGAUGUCAUCGACUUGUCCUUCCUGCCAUGGGAUGUGUACCUCGGAAACGUCCAGGCAAACGACACCAUGGCACUUGACUGGCAGUCCAUGACAAAGAACUACGCCCCUUGGAAUGACAUGUCGGAGGCCGCGGACGGAACUCACUCGAACUACACUUUCGAUGGCCUGCUUAACGGAUGGAUGCCUGCUUCUCGAAAGAUUUACCGCGGUCUUGUCGACACAACCGACUGGGUUGAUAUCACUACCUUCGCCGACGUUGAUUCUCCAGAUCCCGAUAUUGUUCACAUUUGGUUCUCCAUCAAGUAUGUCAAGGGCGGGGUCCUACGUGCACAGAAGUACGCAUUGGAUUACAAGCAGUUUUUGCCGUUGAAGGCGCAUCCCACCGCCGAUGACUAUUACCCUGCUCUGAUGCGAUUCGCGGACUACUGGGACUCACAUGUCAAGGACGAGAUUUCUUUGACUCUGCCAGACAUGAGUUGGUCUGAUAUGGGAAAACAUGCUUUUGGUAUGGAGCUUGUUAAUCGCGCUGGAGGUGUCACUCCAAGGUACGGUGCCUUUGAACGCGACUACGGCGGAUCAGAGUACGACGGCUUCCAAGACAUCAUGACCAUGUCUCUCACAGCCAACUUGGCCUGGGGACGGUUUACUCAGGCCAAGGCCAUCCUUGAGAACUACAUGGACUGGUAUACCUACGACAACGGAGCCAUCAAGAUGCGUGGACCUGCUGUGCCCCAGUUCGGCAUGUCACUUUCUCUGAUUGCGCGCUAUGUGCAGUACACGGGUGACACUGCGUUUCCCGAAAAGUACAAAACAAAGAUCCUUGCCUGGGCCAACAUGCUCACAACCCGGCAAGACGAGAACUUGAAGCUCCCCAAAGAUGAUCCGUACUACGGCCUCAUCUCUGGCUGGAGCGAGUCUGAUGCUGCACUGAGAAAUGAUGCCUGGCGAUUUGAGAAGCCAUACUGGAACAACGCGGCGUUCGCUGCUCGCGGUCUGAAGGACCUUAGCAAGAUCGAGACGUUUGCUGACCAUGCCAACGACUGGAACGCUCGAGCUGAACAGCUCAUUAACCAGACAUCCCUAAAGCUGGACCAAUGGAUUCAGAGGAACUUCACGCCUGCUUACGUUCCUGUCCUGCCGAAUGAGACGACACAUGUUCUCGAGGACUUGGCCGAAAAGGGGGAUGCGUCCUCUCAGUGGUGGCCACACCGCGUCUACUCGGAACUCCUUCAGGCAUCAGUGCUCUCAUCGAAUCAUACCGACAUGGUGAUUGACUCCAUGCGCGCUUACGGAAUCACCAGCGUGGGUGUGGUCGCCAACGUGACGCCUCUCAGAGCCGACACCCGCGACAUUCUAGGCUUCAUUUCUUACGGCUACGCAUUGUCGCUGCUUCUCCAGGACCGCCUUGACGAGUUUGUUCUCUUCCUGUACUCUCAUAGAUACCACGUCUAUAACAGGGGCCUAUGGCUUGCGGCUGAAGUUGCCGGAACUGGAGGUGGUUCCAGCACAUACUGCCAGCCUUCGCAGUUUACAGUUCCCGUCUUGCUCAGGGCAGCGUUGUUAUUCGAUCACCCCGACAAGGAGGCUUUGCUUGUUGGACGAGGCGUUCCGAGAAAAUGGCUUAGCAAGGGUAAGGUCGCAAUCCAGAGGGCUCCGACCAAAUGGGGCCUGGUCGACCUCGAUAUGCAGUCGGACGAGAAGGCGGGUACCAUCACUACGGUGCUAGGCUUCACCAGGGCGCCUCCAGCUGAAGUAUGGGUUAAGCUGCGGGUUCCGGAGGGAGCCCAGCUGAAGAACGUCACUGUCGAUGGUGUCGCGACGGAGUGGAACGGAGAAGAGGUCAUACUGAGGCUUACCUCAACGGCACGUAAUGCCACUGUCAUAGGGAAAUUCUAG